UCUUGUUGGAUUGGUGGUAGCUCCCUUGAUCUGGCCUAACCUUCUUUCACUAUAUAAACCCUUUCAUUUCCAUUUUUCUAAGCUCCCAAACAAACAAACAUCUCUUUCUCUCUCGUUACUCCAUUCCAUUGGCUGAUUCCGCCGAAGCCACGGAAUUGCGUCGCCAGAGGUUAUCUUUGAUUCAACGCAAUGGCUACCGGACAGCUGUUCUCUCGCACCACACAAGCUCUGUUUUACAAUUAUAAGCAACUUCCAAUCCAGCGGAUGCUCGAUUUUGACUUCCUUUGUGGGAGGGAGACACCAUCAGUUGCUGGAAUCAUUAACCCAGGUGCUGAGGGAUUUCAGAAACUCUUUUUUGGUCAAGAAGAAAUAGCCAUCCCAGUCCAUUCAACCAUUGAAGCAGCUUGUGCCGCACACCCCACUGCUGAUGUCUUUAUCAACUUUGCUUCAUUUAGAAGUGCUGCUGCUUCUUCAAUGUCUGCACUGAAGCAGCCAACCAUUCGAGUUGUGGCUAUCAUUGCUGAAGGUGUACCUGAGUCAGAUGCUAAGCAAUUGAUUGCUUAUGCACGGUCUAACAAUAAGGUUGUUAUUGGCCCAGCCACUGUUGGUGGCAUUCAAGCUGGAGCCUUUAAGAUUGGUGACACAGCUGGAACAAUCGAUAACAUAAUUCAGUGCAAGCUGUACAGACCCGGAUCUGUUGGUUUUGUCUCCAAAUCUGGUGGAAUGUCUAACGAAAUGUACAAUACCAUAGCCCGUGUAACAGAUGGAAUCUAUGAAGGAAUUGCUAUUGGAGGAGAUGUGUUUCCAGGUUCCACUCUUUCUGAUCAUGUUCUGCGGUUUAACAAUAUUCCACAGAUUAAGAUGAUGGUUGUGCUUGGGGAGCUUGGUGGACGAGAUGAGUAUUCUCUGGUAGAAGCUUUAAAACAGGGGAAGGUGAACAAACCUGUGGUUGCUUGGGUUAGUGGAACCUGUGCACGCCUUUUCAAAUCCGAAGUACAAUUUGGUCAUGCUGGAGCUAAAAGUGGUGGAGAGUUGGAGUCUGCACAAGCAAAGAAUCAAGCACUUAGGGAAGCAGGAGCUGUUGUUCCUACUUCCUUUGAAGCUUUUGAAGCUGUAAUCAAGGAGACUUUUGAAAAAUUGGCUGAAGAGGGAAAGAUUUCACCUGUCAAGGAAAUCAAGCCUCCUCAAAUUCCAGAAGACCUAAACACUGCUAUCAAGAGUGGAAAAGUUCGUGCUCCAACUCAUAUUAUUUCUACCAUCUCUGAUGACAGAGGCGAAGAACCAUGUUAUGCUGGCGUUCCUAUGUCUUCCAUUGUUGAACAAGGCUAUGGUGUUGGUGACGUUAUUUCUCUUUUAUGGUUCAAACGCAGCCUCCCCCGUUACUGUACUCACUUUAUUGAGAUAUGCAUUAUGCUAUGUGCCGACCAUGGUCCUUGUGUCUCUGGUGCUCAUAACACUAUCGUAACAGCUAGGGCUGGAAAGGACCUUGUUUCCAGCCUUGUCUCAGGUUUGCUUACGAUUGGUCCACGUUUUGGUGGUGCCAUUGAUGAUGCUGCUCGUUACUUCAAGGAUGCUUAUGACAGGGGUCUUACACCUUAUGAAUUUGUUGAAAGUAUGAAGAAGAAGGGUAUCCGUGUGCCAGGAAUCGGUCACAGGAUUAAGAGAGGUGACAACAGAGACAAGAGAGUAGAACUACUUCAGAAGUUUGCACGCACACAUUUCCCUUCUGUCAAGUACAUGGAAUAUGCAGUGCAAGUUGAAACAUACACCCUCUCAAAGGCAAACAACCUGGUCCUCAACGUAGAUGGUGCAAUUGGGUCCCUCUUCUUGGAUCUCCUUGCUGGAAGUGGAAUGUUCACCAAGCAAGAGAUCGAUGAGAUUGUUGAAAUCGGUUAUCUGAACGGUCUCUUUGUGCUGGCCCGAUCCAUUGGUCUAAUUGGGCACACCUUUGACCAGAAGAGAUUGAAGCAGCCACUCUACCGUCACCCAUGGGAGGACGUUCUUUACACCAAGUGAGAGAAGUUGAGCCCCAUUUUCAUGCCACACCCACCUGCUUUACCCGAGCAAUGUUUGUUUUGUUUAAUUUUUUUUAGUCUCCGAUUUGCUGAGACAGUUAUUUCUGCUGUUAGUUUAGUGUCUGUAAUGCUAAUGGCUGAGCUAAGCUAAGUAUAAUUCUCUAUCUGUAAGUUGUAACAAAAAAAAGGUUCACAAAGAUAAACAUUAUCUUCCUAUUUUAUUAAAACAAACGCAAUUUUUCACGACUUAAA